UCCGAGCAGGCCCUUCAGCUGUCCGAGAUCCGUUCCGCCCACAUUGCCAAAAAGAAAGCUUCGAUAGAAUUCUAACGAGUUUGGAGAUGACCAAUGCAAAGAAUAUCAAAGUUGGAGCUGAGCUCCAGGAACAGCUCGAAAGCGAACAACAGUGGCGGACCGAGCUGGAAGAAAGGAUCCAAAAGCUGGAGAAGGAUCUUGAGCUCGCUGAAGAGACUUUAGUCACCUUACAGGAGCAGCUGGAGGAGACCACUGUGCAUGCCGAAGUUCGGAUCAGCGAGGAGGAGAAUGACUUCGAGCAAUCGCAAAAUACCAUCGACAUCCUGCAAAACCAGCAUGAAGCAGCUUUGGUAAAAAUAAAAGAGCUGCAGCAAAGUGCUGAGGCAGCAGCUCAGCUGCGCCAGGAUGUGUCCAAUUUGAAGGGGCAGCUCCAGAGCAGCCAAGAUUUGCUGAAAAACCUACAGGAUAUAGAACAAAAAGAGCAGGAUUUGAGGGAAGAACUAGCGAAGAAGGAUAUGCUAUUUAUUCAGGUGACCCAGGAGCUGGCUGCAAGAGACGAACAGUUAAAAUACUUUGCCGAAACCCUAAAAGAGGAACAGAAGAAGUGGUUAAGCCAGGAGCACACCAUCAAGCUGCUUCAGGAGCGAGUUGAAAGGUUUUCUUGUCUGCGGUCUGAGUUGGAGCUCCGGAAUUCCGCUUUGGAGACGGAAAUUGUCCGCCUCAAGCAUGAAGUUCGUAAUUAUGCCGAAAUUAUUGUUGGCAAUGAAGGUGAGCCAUUUUACGAAGUUCGGCAAUCGAAAAGUGCUUGAGCUGUUGCCUCCAAUAAUGAAAAGAAAUGUAAAGCCAAGGAUUCUGCAGAGGUGCCGGGAUGCUGCCAGUCAGCCUGCACAGACUUGGCUUCCAGGGGGCCAGGAUUCUGAUCUUUUGGGUCCCUUCAACAUCUAUCGGAUCGACAACUAAUACUAAACUAAUAUGCAAUAUAAAAAUUUUAUUAAAUGUGAUAGUAUUCCUAUAA